AAUGCAGCUACAUUAAAAUGCAUUCUCGCAAAACAGACGAUAAUACAAAGCCGAUCUCUAUCUUCCAUCUCAUUAAGUUUUUGUAUGAGUAAUAUGUAUUUUUUUUUCUUAUUAUUUAUGAUUAUGUAAUCCACAGUUAGAUUAUCCCGAGAAAAAAUAAUUUGUCACUCUGUUUAAUAUAGUAAAUGAAUGGUGUUCCUGGAUGCGUCACCGGUUGGUGGAGCUGUAGGGCGACCGGUCGGGGCGAAAGUCGGCUCCGGCCACACAGUUGGAUCGGCGCGGUACCACACCACAGUCUCAUCUAAGCCACAGCUAUGCGAGCAUCUUCCCCAUCAUAGCCGAAAAUUCCACAUUCCCGGAGAACGCGCGGCGACGCGACGCGAAACUUGAAAUACGAAUUCGCGAAAUAUUUAAUUCAUAUUCGAACAAUUUUUUUGCCUGUCCUUGAAAAUUUGGAGCAGUUGGCGGCAAACGGAACAAUAUAAAAAUGACGUUUUGGCUGAACUCGCUGCUAGGAGACUUUGAAUAAGUUUUAUUUAAAUAAAAACCUUAUUUUUUAAACGGUUUUAAAAACGAAGAUGCUGGGGUGUGCUCUAAGGAGAGUUACCUCGACGUUCACCUCUUCCCCGACAGACAUCAGCUUCAGCUCGGCUGACGAUAGCCGGUGCAUAGAUAAGUAGAUGAUAAUACGACAAACUUUCUCCAUUCGGCCAUAUAAUCCAAAAAAUCGAUUUUAAAACCAUAAUUUAAAUUAAAGGAAGAUUUUGAAACUAAACUAGUCAAGAGUAACAAAAUCGUUGGAUAGUGAGUUACCAGUAGAGCGCGUUGGUCGGUUCGGGGAGGCCACUGCGGUGGUAUGCUUUAUAUUGCAUCUUGGAUCGACUGUGCGCUGUCAGGUCGCUACGUCACGUGGCUUCCCAGCGCGCGACUGCAGUGCUGGAUGCUACUAACUGUAUACACGUUACCACAGCUUGCCGUCUCUGCGAAGAUAUUGUGCCUCCUGAUGGUGGUGAUCUGCGGUGCGGUGCCAUCGAUGGUCCGGUCGGUUCGCCUCUACAGCCAGUGCUCCCAUAUGUACGUCAACGUGUUUCCAAACGGUACCGUCAUGGCUCGCUCCGAUGGAAACGACCAGCCGAAUCUCACCAUCAGUACGCGCGGUUUCAGCCUAGAACUGCUCAUCCACUCUCCCGUGCAGGACAUGUACCUGUGCUUCAACCGGUCGCGGCUCGUUGGCAGGCGAUUGACUCGCUUCCAAGCGGAGAGACAGCCCAACUGCCUAUUCAAAGAGGAGUUUGUGGACGGCUACAACAGAUACCACCUGGUGAAGAACGACGACCGCUACAUAGGGUUCAACCGGCGGGGCUUGCAGAUGCGGCGCGGCAAGAGCCGGCUCACGGAGCGCCUGCACAAGUGCUUCUCGUUCAUGAAGGAGGCGCACGACUUCGACAUCAGCAGGCACAACAAAGUGCGCGCCGGCGCCGGCGAGCCCGCGGCGCCCAAGUGGCGUCCGCAGCGUAGGCUCCGGCCCCCGCCGCAGAACUCCAUCAAGCCGCCGUGCCACGGCACACGCCACCACCACGGCCGGCAUCAGCGGCGGAGGAACUGCGACGGCACGUAGGCCCCCAGCCCCCGACACCUUAGCAGCUCAUUUACGCUUCAACGCUUCGCGCGUUCCGUUGCCAGCUGUCGAUGGACAUUGUGAGUGGACAGAGUAUUAGUCAACUAUCGCAGUAUUAUUACAGUGACGUGGACUGGAUAGCGUUAGGUUAGCUCGGCCGCGGUGGCCGCGGCGUUUCAAACGCCGCAUGAAUGGUAGCUGAAGCGAGAGAGCAAACAUUUGAAUGGGGAAAAAACGCCGAGCCGGGACGACGCCCGGAGCUGUGAAAUUCCUUAAGGUCGUGUAACAUCGUGGCGCUCGUUUGCUCUUGUGCCAGCGGUCGGACUCGUGCUCUAAAAGGAAAAAAGGUUUUCUGUGGAAAGAGCAAAUAGUAGUCUCGCGAGUCACGAGUGCUCGGCCGGACCACCGCUGGUCUCUGCGCGCUCGGCUCGCGGCGCUCGUCCCAACACCUCGCUCGACGUCGCGUCGUAAGUCUAUGUAGCCUUCGAUUGCUCCGGCUGGCUCGCCUUAAGUGUAGCAAAAACGCCUUUACGUCAAUUCUCAGUGUGUUAUUAUUUAAAACGCUUUAUUAUUAAGUACGGAUCGUGUUAUCUGCUUGUAAAUAUAAUAAAAAUAAUUGUGUUUACUUAUUUAUCAAACAAAAGUUAAUCAGAAAUUUGUAAACGUAGGUGUUAGAUGUAAAGUUGUAUUAAAAUGUUUUGUAUUUAAUUAUGGGUAUUUAAUCUAUCCGACCAACCGCUCUCUUGUGAUUAGCCACAGUCGCUAUGACCUAGUUUCCUUUACUAAGUCCAUGUACUGAAACUUUUCCUUACUAAUGUUCAUUUGAAUAUAUUUUCCGGUUGAUAUGUGAAUUUGUUUGUAUGAUUUCGAGCGCUUUGUAUAUAUUAUUUUAAGAGUUUGUAUGAGAGUGAUAGGUAUUUGAAUCUCCUUUGUCGAAAUCUUGUCGAUGUUUGUCGAUGCUAAUGUUUCACUAAAGUUAAUAGUUUCAGUACCGAUCCGAACUGAAACGUGAAAGCAUCGAGUGCCGAGUGUUCUGCUGUUAUCUUUAUGUUCGUCACCGUGAAAACAUAUAAAGGACAUUUAUAAUCUUAAUAUUUUAAUAAGAUCUGUGCCAUAGUGUGGUGGCAGUGUAUGACCAUGUGUUCGCAUUAUAACUAGUGUAUUAAUUUUGUCUGUAAACUUGGAGUAGAUAAAAAUAUUUAACUUAAGAAAAUAUAACAGAAUUUAUUCAUUUUUGCAAUCAUUUUCAAGGGGAACAUUGAUGAUGACGUAAUUUUCUAGUAAGCAGUAUUCAAAUAUAAUUUUAGUGAAAUGGGAAAUUUGACACCAAAUUUUACUUCAAAUGCGCCCACCAUUGAACAAACGCGUACACUGUUUGCCACUUGAAAAUGAUCGCAAAGUACAUCCAAAAACUUAGUAAAUAUAGUAUUUGUAUCCUGUACCCAGUGUAUAUUCAAAUUGUAAGUAAAGCUAUCGAUUAAUGUGGAACAUUAUAGUACUCAAUGACCCGCCGUAGCGAUAACGAGCAAGCAAGGUUUUUCAACUGUUCCUAAAGUCGUACAAGAGGCAAUAACUUUGUGGCACCGUUAUGAACAUUAGGAUACACAAUACUUCACAGGAAUACAAUGAACAUACUCAUGUUCAAACGUUAUAAUGUUCAGCAUUAGUCAGUAAAAGUAAACGUUGCGAAACCGUUGUCCACCAUUCAGUCAACACAUUUAGAAUAUCUCUUGUGGCUUUACAUUCCUACAUAAUUCCAUAGAAAUAAUACAUAGAUGACAUACUGUAAAAGACAUUAAAACAUUCCAAACAAUGUGUAAAAUAGUUUACAAAAUAUGCGCUUAAAUACAAAAUAAAUUUGUUAAAAUAACGUGACACUGACUUAUGUAUUACUGUGUCUAAUUAUAAGUAUUCAGAUGCUGAGAACGAAAUAUAAUUGCUAAGAAAAAUUACGAAAUUAAAUCAUAUUUAACUCGCA